AUGCUGUCAAAUGCUAUGUUGACGUGUUGUACGGCGCUUACGUCGGCGAUGCCCUACGAUACUGGACUAUCGACGGCCGCCCUUGCAUUCCGCACCGCUCCUCCCUACGCCACGCCACUUUAUGGAAAACCUCCACCACAAAUUCCCCGAUACCUUGAACCUCGCGGAUCCUACGAAAGUAUGCCACUACUCCCACAGCCCAUCCCAGAGCCCUACCCCCUAGGAAUUCGAGAACGAUCUCUGUUGAGUCGUGAGGUUCCCCCACUACCACCCCGAGACUACGAUCGAGAAUAUUUAAUCGAACCACGGCUGGUUCCUGCCUAUCGUCCGACUUAUGUAUAUGGCCCUCCUGAAUAUGCCUACGCGCCCAUACGAGAAAAACACCAUUUCUCACCCCUGAAAGGCUUCCUCAAGGGCACCCUAGAAGGUAUCGUACUCGGAUCGACGUUUGGACUCAUUGGAACC